AUGAAGAUAACUACCAUCUCUGUGAUCCUUUCCCUUGUGGGCUGUUGUUUCUUUCUAGGUUCAGAGACUUCAGCACAUAAGCUUGAUUGCCAAAAGUAUAAACCGCAGCAGGAGCAGCAGCAGCAGCAACAACAAGAAGAAGCUGUAAUAAGGUGUCCCCGGCAACGUGACCCAGUCUGUGGAACAGAUGGCAAGACUCAUGGCAAUGAAUGUUUGCUGUGUGCUGAAAUCCUAGGCGGAACCGAAAUAGACUUAGCCCACAAAGGAGAAUGUGUUGACUGCAGUAAGUUUCCAGAACCGCCAAAGGGCAAAGAGUCACCCUGUCCCCGAAUACAUGCACCUGUGUGCGGCACUGAUGGCACCACUUAUUCUAACACAUGCCUCUUGUGUGCAGAAAUUUGGUCAUCUGGGAAACUGAUUGGCAUAAAAAAAGAAGGACCCUGCAUAUCAGAGGUAUGUCCUACUUCCUGA